AUGGAAGAGCUGCAGGACGCUAUCGAAGACGUGCAAUACCUGCAAGCGGUUAACUCGAAGGACAGUGGUCCCAGCCCCACGGAAGCAUGGCCAUUCCCCAGCGAAAAGGAGCUAGAAGCAUUCAACACGGCGCGUCUCAAAGAGAAUGGGCAGAGCUUUUCUCUCGAAAGGAUUUGCGGAGGAGUGCUCGGGCUGUACCUGUUUGGCACGUUUUGCACGGAGAUGGGCGAGCGCAGCAAAUUCGAGUUCAUGUUGGAUGUGAUACGAUAUCGGCGAUUACGCACCCCGCAACUUCGGCUGCGGUUUGCCCAGGGGAUCAUCCGGAAAUUCCUCUUGGAUGUCAGCACCAGCCAAGAGGAGAUGGACGUACUGGUCGACAAAGCACCGAUACUGAGGCAGGAUUCAACACCGGCGUGUCUCGCCGAGCUCGAGAGAAGACGAUCCGACAUUCGAACGGAUGGAGGCGUUGGGGUGAACAGACUAGGUGUUGUCGGACCGCUCGUGGAGCAGCUUGUGCGACUGUUGCCGUCACCCGCUCGCGCGAGUGGCCCCCAAGAUAGCAUUGGAGUAUUGGGGGUAGCUGGGGGGCAGGGCGGCGUAGACGAUAAGAGCGGCAAGUGCUCUCUAGUCAACACAGCGGAUAUGAGCGAAGAAGAGGCAGAUGAGCAGCCGAUAGAUGCGGCUGGUCAGGCUACGGAGCAGCAGCGCGUCUCAGGAGGCGAGCCUGCAAUCGGGCAGUUGGCAGGCAAUGGUGUAUGCCAUGCUCCAGGUGAAGUUGCGCAUGUACUGACGGGGGGGCACGACGAACAAGAACGACCAUCAGGUGAACCGGAGGCAGCAAACGCGACGACGGAGGGUGUUCAAGACCAGCCCGCAAAUGUUGGGGUGACUCGCUCAUCAGAUCCCAAGGAGGAGUGGUAUCAGCCUGAGUUGUUCAACGUGCUGGAGGCGUGGAUCCUAGAGUACCUGCGAGAGAAGCUUCACUGUGGAUUUUUGCUUUCAAGCCACUUUCAGGAAUACACUCGCUUUCUCUAUGUCCAGCACAGACCGGUGACGGAGAACGAUUUCAUCCUCUUCCGUAUCUUGGGCCGAGGGGGAUUCGGCGCUGUCAACGGGUGUAAGCGCGGGUCGUCCGGCAAGCUCUUUGCAAUGAAGGUGAUGAACAAGCGACGAAUCAAAAUUCGACAAUCAGAGGACUUGUGCUGGAACGAGCGCCGCAUUCUUGAGGCUCUUGGGAGCCCGUUUGUGGUUUCGCUCAAGUACGCGUUUGAGUCUAAGAACGACCUGUUUCUCAUCCUGGAUUUGAUGACAGGAGGUGACCUGGGUUUCCACCUUCAGCACCUUGGUAUUUUUACGAAGGUGAUGGCCCAGUACUACACUGCGCGGACUGUUCUGGGAAUCCAACAUCUCCACCAGAAGGGCAUCGUUUAUCGAGACCUCAAGCCGGAGAAUGUGAUGCUGGACGAAUAUGGGCGUUCACGAAUAUCGGACAUGGGACUGGCGUGUAAGGUCACUCCCCACCUCACGGGCGCGUGCGGCACCAGAGGAUAUUGGGCCCCAGAGAUGCGUCUUCGAAAUUCCGCUGGCAAGCGUGUACCGUACAACGAGUGCGUGGACUGGUUCAGCCUUGGCUGCAUCCUUUAUGAGUUCUUGCGUGGCAUGAGCCCGUUCAGAACUGAGAGGGCAAUGGACUGGUGUGCGGACACCAUCCAAGACAAGGAAAAACGCGUGGACAAAGCGACAUUGGAGAUGGAACCGGAGUACCCGCCAAGAUACUUCGACUCCUUGGCGAUAGACCUCUGCACAAAACUGAUGAUGAAGGAUCCACAAAAGAGGCUUGGACGUAUGGGUGCCGACGAGAUAUUGGCGCAUCCAUGGUUCGGGAACUUGGACCGUGACGCAUUGGUCAUGGAUCAGGUGGAGAGCCCCUACGUUCCAAACAAGGACAUCAAUGCGGCACCUCAGAGAUCUAUCGGCAGCUUUGCGGACACUGACUCGAAGAUUUGGCACACCUGGCACAUAACCCACACCAUCUUGACGAACGUAUCACCAGUUUCAUGA